GACUGAGACAGGUCGCUGGUCAGUGUAUGACAGCUGCUAAUUAGCGUACACGUGAAAAGAUUGCUGUUAUCGAUUUACUCUGGAAUUCUGUACAGUGUUCAUUAAAACACUGACCCUCUGUCAGUCACCAACUGGUGUCUUUUAUUAUUCAACAGAAUCCUCAUCAUGUCCUUGUGACGGUGAGUUGAACUGUCACCUGCCUGUCCACUAGACCGACCACUAUAUAACUCCAUCAUAUACGUUUAAAAGUAAUCACUAUGUAUUUGAUUGAUCGUCUGGCCAUCACUGUGAUAUCACGUCAACAGACGUCGCCUGCAUAGAGAGCGACCCCGGGGUGUCCAGAGUGACCACUCCCACACCUUCGCUGACCACAUCAUACAGCAAACCCGGAUACGAGGACAGUUAAGCAGAUAACAAACAGCGAUGAGGAAGGAGACGAUCGUGACGAUUCUAUUUGUAUGUACUGUUGGACCCGUUUUGGGGAAAAUCUCUCAGAUCCACUUGAGCUUCGGCUCAACGAUUGACGUCAUGAAAGUCACGUGGUCAACCGAUGACGAUGUCGUAUGUCAUGUGGAAUAUUGGGCAAUUUAUGAAGAACGCAUGCGCGUAAAAGCCAGCCAAUCAGAGUUGCUUACGGACAAUUGGAAAGCGAUGAAAUAUAUACACAUGGCCGAAAUGCUGGGCCUGUCACCUCGUCAAAGCUACACAUAUAAACUGAUCUGUACUAACGAAACGAGCGAGAAUUGGACCUUUACGACGCAACCUCGGACACCUGAUCGACCCGUAAAGUUCCUCGUUUACGGAGAUAUGGGGUACAACCAUGGCCGGAAAACGGUUGAAGUUCUAAAAGAGGAUGUGGCAUUAGAAAAAUAUGACGCUAUUUGUCACGUAGGUGAUAUUGCCUACGACAUGGAGACUGACGGAGGUUUGAAUGGCGACAACUUCAUGGAACUGAUCCAGCCAGUAGCAGCUCGCGUACCAUACAUGACGUCACCCGGAAAUCACGAACUGACCAAUAGUCUACAUCACUACCGGACUCGAUUCUCCAUGCCGGGUGUCAGCUGGCCAAUGCCCCUUGACCGUUUGUGGUACAGUUACAAUGUAGGACCUGUCCAUUUCAUCAGUUUCUCUUCGGAAGUCUAUUUCAUUGACAACGCCUACUAUGUGUGUACGCAAUUCUAUUGGCUAUUGGAGGAUUUAAUAAAAGCCAAUCAAAACAGAGACAAACAGCCAUGGAUAGUCGCGAUGGGUCAUAGACCGAUGUACUGUUCAAACCACGACGUGGACGAUUGCACUGGCCGGAUAUUCGGUCAUCUGGUCAAAAAUGGACUUGAAGAUCUGUUUUACGCACAAGGCGUUGACCUAAUACUACAAGCACAUGAGCAUUCGUAUGAACGUCUUUGGCCCGUUUACAAGAACAGAGUGGUUGCCAAGAACUACAAUCACCCACAAGCCCCAGUACAUAUCAUUUCCGGUGCCGCCGGAAGUGGCGAAGGAGCAGAUCCUAUGGGCGAUAGAGGACCAUGGUCAGCUUUUGCAUCAGCCGAAGGUAGUCUAAAUUCGUUCGGACGUCUUCACGUGUACAAUUCCAGCCAUCUCUAUUUCGAGCAAGUGAAGGUCAAAGAUGGACAGCCACUGGACAGUGUAUGGGUUGUCCAGUCCCGUCACGGACCUAACGUACCGAAUCUGAACUGCAAUAGUAAGGAUGCGCACUAUUCAUGCACGUGUCCACAGCCGUUUCGUUAUCUGACGGUGAUUAUUGUGAGCUCAGCAGUUCUCUUUAUCAUCCUCUCCACGUGUGUAUAUUGUUGUUGUAUGUGGAGGAAGAACAAGAGACCUAUAUGUUUCAGAUUUUGUUGUCCAGACCCACAUCCCUUUCAUGUACGCUUGCUUAACAUCGAAGAAGACGACGAUUUUGUUAUCUGACCAACUCUUGGAGAAGUCUCUUAACGUUUAUAAAUAUUCAACAGCAUAUUGUGAUAAUGUGAUUACAUCCACUGCUGCCAACUAUAUGUAUAUUAUAUAUGUUCGAUCAGAAGUGGAAAUGAUGGCCGAUUCUACACGUGGUCCUGAUUCUACACGUGAUCUUGAUUCUACACAUGAUCCUGAUUCUACACAUGAUCUUGAUUCUACACGUGAACUUGAUUCUACACGUGAUCCCGAUUCUACACGUGAACUUGAUUCUACACGUGAUCCCGAUUCUACACAUGAUCUUGAUUCUACACGUGAUCCCGAUUCUACACGUGAUCCCGAUUCUACACGUGAUCUCCAGCAUAUUUUACGUAGAGAGUGCAAAUAAAAUCCAGCACGAACAGGACUCCGUAUGCUGGUGUUGUUUCGUCGUAGUAUGUUUAAUUCGUGCCUUUGUGGAACCAGAUUGACCUUGAAAACACAUCCAGAUGGUAUUGUCGGACAUGAAAUGACAACAGUAACAGGUCUUAGGAAAUCCUGUCUGCCUUGGAUACUGUUUAACUUAUGGUGCUAUUGGACUAUAACUGUGACAUAGGUAACGAAAUGUAUCUCGGAUCACCAAACAUUUCAGGGAUAAUACUUUCUCAGAAUAUCAGAUUAAUACAUGGUCCGGUCCGUCAGUGCCGAGGAAAGCAUCGUCCGAUAUGUCAUAGUACUGGUUGGAAUCACAGCCAAUAUACAGCUAAUAUUUUAUGGUAUUGACAUUGUUUGGGAACACGACAUGACUUAUAAUACUGCCAAUAUCUUACGGUGUUGUUUGGGAAUAAUCAUUGACAGAAUACAGAUGAAGUUUAGUCAAGACACUUGUCGUUAGGGUAACCAGACUUUCGGAGAUUAUAGGUUUCUAGACCGUGCUUACUUACAUUAAUUUGUAUUGUAUUAUAUUUUUCCUUACUUUAUCGCAAAUUAUCUUGCCAGAGACUUUUACUGUAAACCAAUUUUCCCACCGACUCUUUCACGAGGAAACAUAUUUAAAAUAUGCCUUUUGUUUCCUCCAAGUGUUCAUUCCGGAAGAAAAAAAAACGCCUUCUGCUUCAUCGGGUUUCCAGGUCGAAUCCAGUUAAUGUCGCGUUCUCAACGUGAGAACCGGGAUGGCGACAAUACAACCACGAGGCAUAUCAACGGACAUCGAAGACAUUGUUACGGGACGAGAUCUUGCUAUAGACUAUAAAACGUUCAUCGGUUUCAUUGGCUACUAGGGAUGUAGCAUGGGUCGAUAUCUAAGUUUCCGUUUGCAGCCUUAAGUGGUUGUGGCUACUAGUGGAACGUUAAGAAAUAUUACAAUCAUUGCCCCGUAUGUGAUUUAUGUCGUUUCUCUAUGUAACAAGGAUGAGGUUUUUGAUAUUGUUAUUGAUAUAUUUAUGCUAGAAAAUUAUACAACAUGCUGAUUUAAUGGACGUAUUUUAUGGAUAGUAGGAAAGUUGUUGUUUCCGUUAAUGUAGUUUCAAGAAAACUUUUUCGUGAUUUUUAUGCAAAACGAUUUUAAUUGAUAUCAACCGUACCUAUAAUACGAGGUAAGAUUUGUGUUACGUAUGAGUAUACAUUGUUUUGUAGAUGUAUAAAUGUAUUCUACAUAAUUUCACACUUUGUUUGAUAAUUGUGUACACUGUUUGAUAACUGUCUACGCUGUUUGAUAACUGUCUACCCUGUUUGAUAACUGUCUACCCUGUUUGAUAACUGUCUACGCUGUUUGAUAACUGUGUACCCUGUUUGAUAAUUGUGUACACUGUUUGAUAACUGUGUACCCUGUUUGAUAACUGCCUACGCUGUUUGAUAACUGUCUACCCUGUUUGAUAACUGUGUACCCUGUUUGAUAAUUGUGUACACUGUUUGAUAACUGCCUACGCUGUUUGAUAACUGUCUACCCUGUUUGAUAACUGUCUACCCUGUUUGAUAAUUGUGUACCCUGUUUGAUAACUGCCUACGCUGUUUGAUAACUGUCUACGCUGUUUGAUAACUGUGUACCCUGUUUGAUAAUUGUGUACACUGUUUGAUAACUGUGUACCCUGUUUGAUAACUGUGUACCCUGUUUGAUAACUGCCUACGCUGUUUGAUAACUGUCUACGCUGUUUGAUAACUGUGUACCCUGUUUGAUAAUUGUGUACACUGUUUGAUAACUGUGUACCCUGUUUGAUAACUGUGUACCCUGUUUGAUAACUGUCUACGCUGUUUGAUAACUGUCUACCCUGUUUGAUAACUGUCUACCCUGUUUGAUAACUGUCUACCCUGUUUGAUAACUGCCUACGCUGUUUGAUAACUGUCUACCCUGUUUGAUAACUGCCUACGCUGUUUGAUAACUGUCUACCCUGUUUGAUAACUGUCUACCCUGUUUGAUAACUGUCUACCCUGUUUGAUAACUGUCUACCCUGUUUGAUAAUUGUGUACACUGUUUAAUAAUUGUUUACACUGUUUGAUAAUUGUGUACACUGUUUGAUAAUUGUGUACACUGUUUGAUAACUGUGUACCCUGUUUGAUAAUUGUGUACACUGUUUGAUAACUGUCUACGCUGUUUGAUAAUUGUGUACACUGUUUGAUAACUGUCUACCCUGUUUGAUAACUGUGUACCCUGUUUGAUAAUUGUGUACACUGUUUGAUAAUUGUUUACACUGUUUGAUAAUUGUGUACACUGUUUGAUAAUUGUGUACACUGUUUGAUAAUUGUGUACACUGUUUGAUAACUGUGUACCCUGUUUGAUAAUUGUGUACACUGUUUGAUAAUUGUGUACACUGUUUGAUAAUUGUGUACACUGUUUGAUAACUGUCUACCCUGUUUGAUAACUGUCUACGCUGUUUGAUAACUGUCUACGCUGUUUGAUAAUUGUGUACACUGUUUGAUAAUUGUGUACACUGUUUGUUAAUUGUGUACACUGUUUGUUAAUUGUGUACACUGUGUGUUUAUUGUGUAUAUUGUUUGAUAUUUAUAAACACUUUUGUACUGUUUACCAAGUUUAUAUAAUGUAAUAUUCCAAACAUUGCUAAAUUAACAUCAAUAUUGUAUAAUUCAAUACUUUAUAUAUAUGUAAACCAAUAUAUUUGCAAUUCUUUACAAUGUUUAUUAAGUCGCUUAUAUUAUUCCACACAAAGUUGUUUGGUUCUCUUUCUAAAAACACAUUAAAUAACUGUCAAUAUUUCCCUAGCAAAAAAAUAAGGAAGUCGCGAACCGGUCAAAAUAAUUGUCAAUACUUCCCGAAAAAAAAUUGUCAAUACUUCCCGAGAAAAAAACAAGGAAGUCGCGAACCGGUCAGCAAUCAAGACUCAUAACUCCUUAGUAGUUCCGAGUGUGUCAUGUUAGUCAUUGUUCAAACGCACCUAACCUCCGGCUAAUGGUGGUUCCUUAUUUCAUCCUACGGUGGUAUGUUGAUGGGCUCCACUCAGUCACACCCGGGGGCCGGAUAGACACACCAUGUUUAGUAUCUUUAUUUAUACGUGUUAAUACAACAAACAAAUCAGGCUAUACAUUUCAGAGUACAUAGAUAAAAACAUAGAGAAGUCAUAAAAGUCUACGUAAGUUUUUCUUCUAGAAUACCGUUUAAGCGUGUGAGAGAAUGAGAUUCAAACCGUGAAAUCUGAUCUCAACGCUUAAUUAUGUAUAAACCAAAAAAAAACGUCUGGCGACCCUAUUAUAUUGGUCAAAACCUACUUUUUCCGGCGUAAACUAGAAAUAAAAUGUUAGUUGUCCUGCUCGAGUUUUCAAAUGAUCUUCUCCAAAUUGCUUUAGAAAUUUAAAUAUUCUGCACUUUCCAAAGGUUAAUACUAGUUUAGCAUGGUAAGACGAUUUCCUGUUUGUGGACAGACAAUUGUGUCACAUCCUACCAACGAUUGGAGAAAGUCCGACUGGUUUCCUGGGACUUCCAUACCCCAAUAGUAAGGCUGAGUUAUGUUUAACCUGUAAGAAAUACUGCCACAGAGUCAGACAAAGCUUUACUAGUUGUUUAUACCUGCGUGCUUACGAGUUUUAAUUGUAUAUGGACUUGCCAUUUUAUUUUUCAUAUUUGGUGACUUAUGUUUUAGCGUUUUUACUGUUUUAAGUAUUAGUCGUUAAAAUGUUCAUUAAUA